AUGGCAGCGGGUUUCCAACUGACUGAAAGUGUUCUUAUCUUCGUCCGACUUGAUUGCAAGGGAGGCCAAGCACGUCUUUUCACUCUUCUGGGAAACGUGAAAGCAUAUUCUACUGCAACAUCUGAAAGAAAGAAAUUUUACCAGGAUGUCAGUAUUUCCCAAGGAGACGAUGGCCUGUUUGAAAUCAGUCUGGAUCGCAGGAAACUGAAGACUCCAGGAGGCAAGUUGUUCACAGUGCCCAAUGAGGCCUUAGCCAUCGCAGUAGCGACCGAAUGGGAUGCCCAGAAAGACACUCUCAAGUUCUACACCAUGCAUAUGACCACUUUGUGCAACACGGUCCUGGAUAACCCCACCUUCCGGGAUAAGGACCAAAUAAUCACAGCUGCUCUGAAGUUUUUGGAGACAGACACUGUUUGCUACAGAGUAGAGGAACCCCCAGGGCUGGUGGAACUCCAGAAGAAUGAGUGGGACCCAGUGUUGGACUGGAUUGAAAAGAGGUAUAAUGUAGUUAUCGGCUCAUCCUGCAACAUAAUGGGGCCAGAGAUCCCAGAGGAGACCAAGGAGACUUUCCGCCAACAUCUGGGUUCCUAUAAUUUUUGGGCUCUUACAGGGUUGGAGUAUGUGAUCACACAGCUGAAGUCGGUAGUGUUGUCCUUUGGGCUGAUCGACCGACACCUGACAGUGGAGCAGGCUGUGCUGCUGUCCCGUCUAGAGGAGGAAUACCAGAUUCAGCGCUGGGGUAGCGUGGAGUGGGCCCAUGACUAUGACAUGUAUGAGCUGCGUGCGCGCACGGCUGCUGGUGCCCUGUUUGUGCAUCUCUCCUCCGAGAGCUCCACUGUCAAACGCAAGCUGCUGCAGGACUGAAGGGGCUCCUUUCCCCACUUCAGCAUUGAGGACGCUGCACCCAGGACUGUGAUAUUUGCGAAAUAUGCUAGGAAAUAAAGUACAUUUUCAUUGAA